UUACUACUGGAUUAAAUUAAAUGGAAAAAUGAUAAGUGUGUAUUGUGACAUGGUGACAGAUGGAGGAGGCUGGACACAGAUAACUCAUCUAGACACAUCACUACAGGCUCAUGAAAUUUCAGAUGCUACAAAAAUUGGUGACGUAUUCUUUAAGAAUUUUGUUCUUACUCACGAUGGUCUGUCAAUGUUAAGGGAACUGGUUGAUUUCAAGCAACUAAGGAUACGAUGCAGUAAACCCGCACAUCACGACAGAAUUGUUGACAUAGCAACAACAACGUCAUCUGUUUUGGAUUAUUUCACUGGAGUCACUGAUGAAAGACCUUACGCGUGCGGUGGAUUUUAUCCGUUAGAAGAAGACAACUCCGUUUUGGCUCAAGAUUUGGUCAUCAUACCCGCUUCGGUGUCAAUGAGCGCUUUAAAUAUAAUAUACUUGAUAUAUAUUAUGUAGCUACUGUACACUGGCUAGAUAGUCUAUGUGACGAUAUAACUCUUGAAGGUCCAGCCAUUUAUCAGUACUAUGUGCGGUAAGAACAGAAUAAGACGAAGGUCAAGAAGAAGAAUAAUGAUACUAAACUUCGCAUACCGUAUUCUCUCUAUCUUCCGCCCAAUCUCUACUUAACGCCUUUCUCCAAAAAAAGCGAGCCCUAAAACCAAAAUCCGUAUUAAACGCCCCUUUCUAUUUAACGUCCCUCUCUAAUAAACGCCCAUCUCGUAUUUAUGCAAAAAAAAAACAAUUUACACUGAAAUCAAAUAAAGACAAUGUUUUGGACGGAGUGUGUCAACGGUUAGUAUAUCUAUACAUAUUUCGAGAGAUAUAUUUAAUUAAUUAGACCUAAAGGCUUAGCUAUAAAGCAAAUAGUUAAAUCUUUCUACCAAAUUUAAAAAUUAUUUUUUCUGAUAGUGGCCUACUUGAGAAGCUUGUCAUGUUUUUUAUACUUGAACCUUAGUUAAUUACAUCAUAGACAUAUAAUCUCUUUUAAUUAUAUAUCAAAGACUACAAAGCAAUUUUAUUUUGACGCGAACAAACUGUUUUUAAAUAUAUUAACCUGUUUAUUUACGUUUAAAUUAUCACACACUGCAACAUUGCACGAUUAUGUUUAUAUGAUAUAUCUCAAUAUUUAU